AAAUUACGAUGCUUGUCCCGGGGCAUAUUUGCAAUUUGUCGAUCCCCUUCCCAUUUCGCAGACGGGCAAAAACCAAAUUAAUUCCUCAUCUAACGGAGUACACCUGCGACGGCGUCCACCACCACACCCACCGGCGGAAUUAGGGCAAUCGUCGAAGGGUGAUUUCGGACUCUAAUUUUUGUUUUGUUGCGGCGCUUCAUGAAAUUGGAGCAGAAUGGCGAACUAUUCGGGAAAAGGUGCCCCAACGAAUGGGACUGUUUAUGUUUGUAACUUGCCUUUUGGUACUGAUGAUGAUAUGUUAGCUGAACACUUUGGUACUAUUGGUUUGCUAAAGAAAGACAAACGAACCGGGCGCCCCAAGAUAUGGAUAUACCAUGAUAAAGUGACAAAUGAGCCCAAAGGUGAUGCCACAGUCACGUACGAGGACCCGCAUGCUGCGUUAGCUGCUGUUGAAUGGUUCAACAACAAUGAUUUCCAUGGAGCAACAAUUGGAGUCUUUCUGGCGGAGUCCAAAAAUAAGGACGAUAGUGGGAGUCAUGCUGUUGAUCAAGUUAUAACUAGUGAAAUCAAUGGAGUGGAGGAAGGAGCUGUGGAUGCGGAUGUGGAUGUGGAUGUGGAUGAUGGGGCUGGAAGAGGUCGAGGUCGAGGCGAUGGUGCGGGAAAAGCAUGGCAGCAAGAUGGAGAUUGGACGUGUUUGAAUACAAGUUGUGGCAACGUAAACUUUGCAUUUCGAGGUGUGUGCAACCGUUGUGGAACUGCACGCCCUGCUGGAGCCGCUGGUGGUGGUGCAGCAGGUGGUGGCCGAGGAAGGGGCCGUGGUGGCCCUGAUUCAGGAGGUGCUCGUGCAGUCGGAGCUCCAGCUGGAGGAGGGCUUUUUGGUCCAAAUGAUUGGUCUUGUCCAAUGUGUGGGAACAUUAAUUGGGCAAAACGUUCAAAAUGCAACAUCUGCAAUACCAAUAAACCUGGAACUAAUGAGGGAGGUGUGAGAGGAGGGCGUGGUGGAGGCUACAAAGAACUGGACGAAGAAGAAAUUGAAGAAACAAAACGGCGACGACGAGAGGCUGAAGAAGAUGAUGGUGAAAUGUACGACGAGUUUGGCAAUCUCAAGAAAAAGUUCCGUGCAAAAACACAGCAAGGUGAAAUGGCUCCUGGCAUCCCUGGUGUUGGACGUGCAGGAUGGGAGGUUGAGGAACUAGGUGCAGGUGAAAAGGAUAGAAGAGAGAGAAGUAAAGAGAGGGGAAGAGGGCGUGACGAGAGAGAAAGAGACAGGCAUCGCAGUCGAGAACACGACAGGCAGAGGGAGAGAGAUCGAGGUUACGACUAUGACCGUGACAGAGAUUAUGGCCGUGAACGAGAACGCGAUAGGGACCGCAGCAGGUACCGCAAUUGAUGAUGUAAGCGUAUGAGAAAUGCUUUUUUUUUCUUUUCCUUCUCUCUCAUGGUUUCCUUUUAUAAUGGACGGAAAAUGUGCUUAACUUUGUUCGAACAAGUUCGAUGAUUGUCAUUUUGAACUUUGUAUUAUAUCCUUAUGCCAAGGUUUAGACCUUAAAAAUAUAUUGUGGUAUUGACAACAGAACAGAAAACGGAAUGGCAAAUGUGUUGCUGAAUUUUGAUUGCAGACAAUGAAAGAAAUGAUUGUGUUUGAGCUA